AGAAAAUAAGUAUAAAGAGAAACAGAAAUAGAUUUCAAGGGUAAGAAAUUGUGCGUAAUACGCCAACAUUUAACAUUUUCAUUUUAUUUACGACGUAGAAGUGCAGGGCUGUCAUUGUUGCGUUGUGGGUUUGAAGCCAAAGAAAAAAUCUCCGAAAUUAUAUGUAUGUAUAAAAAAUUUCUAAGAGGCUUUGACUCUCCGUGGGUAAUAUUAAAGCCUUUCUGGCAAAGUAAAAGUAUCUGAGCGAACAAUAGUAGCAUUCGGAAACCGAAAACUGUGACCUUCAGCAGCAUCCUUUCCCACGACAGUCGAGUCUGCGUAACCGGAACGGACCCGGAUUUUAUCCGGCCAAGGACUGUAAACUCGGUAGAAUUCCGCCGCUACAAUAACAACAACAACCUUCGGCAGCAUAGAGCUUCACUGCUCCCACGUGAGUUUAGUAUAUACAUACAUUUGGUACGGAUGCGUAAUUAUAUUCGUUCAAAGAAAAUUUUCGGAACAAUGUAUGCCGCUAAAAGAACAAUGCCAGCGCAUAACUAUGAAUUCAACUUCUUUGAUUGACAGUUUCGACUUCCAUUAAUACUAAGGGUUCUUACUAAGCCCUUCUUAAUGAGAGGCUACAAUGCCAACAAAGAAUUUCUAACUUUUGAACAAAAGCAUACAUUUCUAAUGAAAAGUGGAUGAGAAGUUGUCAACGGAACUUUUACCAGAGAACGUAAAAUACAUUCUAAUAUGUUUUCUGCUUUAAGUGGCCUCGUACAAAUUACUAAAUAUCGCACAGCGCCAUCUAAGAGUGAAUUUACUUUUGAGUUCCGCUUUAAAACUUUGCGAUUGCUUACCGUUGCCACAUCUGCUGGCGUAAAGGUUGCCAGUUUUCAGUUUUAAUGACAGAUGUCGCCACUAUAGCGCCAGCCAUUGUUAAACAGCUGUUUACCGGCGCAAUUCCAAUUCAUUCGAGAUUUAUAUUUUGAUACGAGUUGUUUUUUUUUAUAAGGUUUUAAUUAUUGUAAAUAAAAAUGAUCUCCCAAAGUGCGCGUACGUUAUUAUCACCGCUACGCAUGGCGUUGAGGCAAGUAGCACGUUGCAGCUCCAAUGAAGCAGCGCCGGCUCGUGUCGAAAAAACUGUCAAUAAUGUCACCAUACUGGGGCGUGUUGGUGCAGAUCCACAAUUGCGCGGUUCCGUCGAGCACCCGGUUGUUAUGUUUUCGGUUGCAACGCAUACUAAUUACAGAUAUGAGAGUGGCGACUGGGCUCAACGUACCGACUGGCAUCGUGUUAUAGUUUUUAAGCCAAAUUUGCGCGAGACAGUUAUGGAACAUCUGAAAAAAGGUCAACGCACCAUGGUGCAAGGAAAAAUCACAUAUGGUGAAAUUAUCGAUCAGCAAGGUAAUCAAAAGACCACUACCAGCAUAAUUGCUGAUGAUGUAAUCUUCUUCCGUACCGAUUCGUGAUCACGCGUAACCAAUUUGUUUAACUAAUUUUUAAGCAUUUAUACGCAUUAUUUCUUAUGUAAAUGUUACUUAUGCUAAGUAAAAGUUAAAGUGUCGAAAAUCAAAAAAACUUUCACCUAGUAAUAGAAGUUCAUACAAUUAAACAUCUUCACACCAUAAUGGUUAAGAGAAAUCAUCAAUUCGCUAGUUUUUUAUUACAUAAUAAAUUUAUUGGAACAGUG